GCUUCAAAGUUCAAACUUCAAAGGAACAAGGACCAACGAUCCCUCUUUCUUUCUAUAAAUGCAAGCCCACAAAAAUCUCUCCCCAGCGCGAUCAUCUGUCUCUCUUGUUACCUACGCUUACUCCAAUUUUUGUGCAUUUCUCUAAUCAGAUACUAGACAGGCACAUCCUCCGUUUCCUUAAAAUCCGUGUUCGUCUUUGGCUUCUAUGUCUCUCUCACCGCCAAACUGACUCAUUCUCUUAUCUUCUUCUUCACUUAUGACCCCCCAAACCCACCGCAACCCAUAAUGGUAACCGCUUCUCACAAAACCCACCAAGUUCCCACACCCCGUGUUUUAAUCGUCGGCAACUACUGCCACGAUGUUUUAAUCCAAAAUGACACCGUCGUUGGCGAAUCUCUUGGCGGCGCCUCCUCCUUCAUAGCCAGCGUCCUUGAUGGGAUGUCAAUUCCUUGUAGUUUAGUUGCCAAAGUUGGGCACGAUUUUAGAUACCAAGUUAAUCAUAUCCCAAUUUUAGUGCCUGCUUCCAAGACGACCGUGUUUCACGCCUAUUUUGAUUCGGGUGUACACGAAAAUGGAAACCAAGAUCGGGUCUUAAAACGGGUAUGCUUAUGUGAUCCAAUUAGUCCGACGGAUCUUCCUGACGCGAGGUUCGAUUUUGGAAUGGCGGUUGGGGUUGGCGGGGAGAUAUUGCCCCAGACGCUUGAGAGAAUGAUUGAGAUUUGUGAUGUGGUUCUCGUGGAUAUUCAAGCUUUAAUAAGGGAUUUUGAUGCCGUUGAUGGGACAGUUAAGCUCGUUGAUUUACGCGAAACGGGGUUUCGUUCCUUGUUGCCUCGAAUUGGGGUUUUAAAGGUGUCAUCAGAGGAGGCUGUGUUUAUGGAUGUGGAGGAGGUGAGGAAGUGGUGUUGUGUGGUGGUGACGAAAGGGGAAGAUGGGUGUAAGGUGUGUUGGAAAGAUGGGGAGAUGGAGAUUUCACCCUUUUUGGCUAAUCAAGAGGAUCCCACGGGUGCAGGGGAUAGCUUCUUAGGUGGGUUUGUGACGGGAUUGAUGCAGGGAUUGGCUGUACCUGAUGCUGCCUUGCUGGGUAACUUCUUCGGUUCGCUUACUGUUGAACAAAUUGGAUUGCCAAAGUUUGAUUCGAGGCUGCUGCAGAGAGUGAAGGAUGAGGUUCAGAGGAGAAAAACGCAGUGCUUGCAUUAUGAAGGGAACUAUGAUGAGCUAAUGUUUUUGAAGCCAGAAGGGCAUGAACAGUUCCAUUCGUCCCUUGGUGCAGCAAAAUUAUUAACCCAACAUUCCAUUCAAGAAUCCAAAGAUUGUUCUGGGCAGCCUAAAUUAGCAGUUAAUCCUGUGAAUGAUGAAGCAAUGCAAACAGCUGACGGAAAGCCAUGAUACAGUUGGAGCGAAAAACUGCUCUUAUUGGCCUUGGUUCUUUUUCUUGGCAUCGAAUAAAGAAUCUAGCGACAGCGUAGAGAUUAAUGCUGUGAUUCUAUUCAUAAUCAUUUGGUCCAGUGAUCACGAAUGGAAGUUAAUUUAAAGUUGUUAAUGCAUUUAAAAUAAGAUCAUGCGCAUGAAAUUUGAUGUUGGUGUGUUUCUGAAAUGGCACAGAAGCAUUUAAUGAGAAAAUUUUUUCAGCUC